AUGUCGCUUCAUGACCCUGGAAGUAAGAGCGCACCCGUGUUGAUCACGGAAGACGAGGGUGCGCUGUACGACCGUCAGAUCCGGCUGUGGGGACUGGAAGCGCAGCAACGCAUGCGCAACGCGACGAUUGCCGUCUUCACACUCCGCGGAACGGCCACCGAGACUAUUAAGAACAUUGUAUUGGCCGGGAUCGGCAAGCUUGUGGUCGUUGACGACUCGGACGUUGCCGAGGAGGACCUCGGCGCUGGAUUCUUCUUCCGAGACGAGGACGUUGGCAAGAAGCGGGUAGACGUAGCUCGUGGUCGCAUUGAAAGCUUGAAUCCCCUGGUAACGGUCCAGACUGAGCAACGCUCCCUCCUUGCGACCUCGGAUGCCGACCUGGCGGCGUUACUUGAGGGCGUUGAUCUGGUAUGCCUCACUGACACUGACCGCGAUACCUGUAUUCGCGUGAACAAAGUGUGCCGAGAGCGGUCUACGCCUCUCUAUUGCGGUGGCACGUUCGGCAUGCUCGGAUAUAUCUUCUGCGACCUGCUCGUCCAUGAGUAUAUCGCGCCAGAUCGGUCUGGUGUCAGCAAAGAUGGUCCGAAAACGGUCAAAGCCACGGCAACCUACGCAUUCCUCGAUGCUGCUCUGAAGCACAGCUGGUCCAGCAUCUCGCGUAGACAAACCAGGGAGAUCAACCCCGCCGCUAUCUUCACAGUGCAAGGGAUAUGGGAAUAUCAAAGCCUGCACCAGGGUAUACUGCCGACUGAACCUGAACAUGCUGAUGAGCUGGAGAAGAUCGCCAAUGACCUUGUUGAGCGCGCAGGCGUGAACGGUCAAGUGCUUACAACCAUUCCUCGAGAACAGAUAGAUGUGGCCGCAACAACCGCGGCACAUGAAUUCUCGCCGGUUUGCGCUGUCGUCGGUGGCAUGCUCGCACAAGAUAUCCUCAAGGCGCUCGGCGCCCGCGAGACUCCGUUGGCGAACUUCUUCGUCUUCGACGGCGCAACUGGAGCAGGAACCGUCGCCCGACUAGCGAUGCCCUAG